AUGACUAAAGAAGGUGCUUUUGUAAAAAAACAAGUUCAAGCUAUGACAAUUUGUGCUUCUGAAUCUGGAAGUCCUCAGUUCAGCUGGGAGUUGAUAUUUGGAUUUGUUUUGCCUUCUCCUUUGGUCAAAGGCUAUGGCUUAUGGACAGAGGCUGGUCACGGUGGUCACAAAAGACUUAUGCUGAGAGACCUAAGAUUCAAUAGGAUUAAAGAAAUCCAGCCUGGAGAGUUUAGACGGCUUAAAAACCUGAACACACUGCUUCUAAACAACAAUCAAAUUAAAAGAAUACCUAGCGGGGCAUUUGAAGACCUUGAAAAUCUGAAAUAUCUCUAUUUGUACAAGAAUGAAAUCCAGUCAAUUGACAGGCAAGCAUUUAAAGGACUUGCCUCUCUAGAACAACUGUAUCUGCACUUUAAUCAAAUAGAAACAUUGGAACCUGAAUCCUUUACCCAUCUUCCAAAACUUGAAAGGCUAUUUUUGCAUAACAACAGAAUAGCUCAUUUGAUUCCUGGAACAUUUAGUCACUUAGAAUCCAUGAAGAGACUGCGUUUGGAUUCAAACGCUCUUCACUGUGACUGUGAAAUCCUGUGGCUGGCGGAGCUGUUGAAGACGUACGCAGAGUCGGGUAAUGCUCAAGCAGCAGCCACCUGUGAGUAUCCACGAAGGAUCCAGGGGAGAUCAGUGGCCACGAUAACUCCAGAAGAACUUAACUGUGAGAGGCCAAGAAUUACAUCAGAGCCUCAGGAUGUGGAUGUUACCUCAGGGAAUACAGUGUACUUCACUUGCAGAGCUGAAGGCAAUCCUAAACCAGAAAUUAUCUGGCUUCGAAACAAUAAUGAGCUCAGUAUGAAAGAAGACUCCCGCCUAAACUUGCUAGAUGAUGGCACAUUAAUGAUUCAGAACACUCAAGAAACAGACCAAGGCAUUUACCAGUGCAUGGCAAAAAAUGUGGCUGGAGAAGUGAAAACUCAGGAAGUUACUCUUAGAUACUUUGAGUCACCAGCCCGGCCAAGUUUUGUGAUUCACCCACAAAAUACCGAAGUGCUAGUUGGAGAGAGUGUUACCUUGGAGUGCAGCGCAACUGGGCACCCACAGCCACGAAUUACCUGGACCAAAGGCGACAGAACCCCUUUACCAAGUGACCCUCGUGUCACAAUAACUCCAUCGGGAGGACUUUACAUUCAAAACGUGAAGCAGGAGGACAGUGGCGAGUACACCUGUUUUGCAACUAACAGUGUAGAUAACAUCCAUGCGACUGCGUACAUCAUUGUUCAAGCUCUACCUCAGUUUACUGUUACUCCUCAAGACAAAACAGUGAUUGAGGGCCAAACUGUUGACUUCCCCUGUGAAGCACAAGGCUAUCCUCAGCCUGUUAUUGCCUGGACUAAAGGAGGAGGCCAGCUGUCUGUUGACAGAAGACACUUAGUUCUGUCCUCUGGAACCCUGAGGAUUUCCAGGGUUGCUCUGCAUGACCAGGGACAGUAUGAAUGCCAAGCUGUCAAUAUUAUCGGAUCUCAACGAAUUAUUGUGUACCUGACUGUACAGCCCAGAGUGACUCCUGUAUUUGCCAGCGUUCCAAGUGACAUGACAGUGGAGGUUGGCACAAAUGUGCAGAUCCCAUGCAGCGCUCAAGGAGAGCCAGAGCCAGUAAUUACGUGGAAUAAG